GUUCCAAUUGAGCUACCAGCUCUAUCUAGAUCAAAAUGGGAACUCCCUUAGAGCCUCAGGAAUCCGACUCUCACGUUCAAGAUGAUUCUCGCCCCGAGGAUACAUCACACCCUACAAAAUGGUACCGCUCAACCUUCUACAACAUCACCAUUCUCGGUUUAUGUAACUUCGCCGCACCCGGAAUCUGGGGCGCCAUGAACUCGCUUGGAGCGGGUGGCGCUGCAUCGCCGCAUCUCAUCAACUCCGCCAACGCGCUUACCUUUUGUUUGAUGAUCUUGGGUUGCCUCUUUUCGAGUGUGCUUGUAAGAUACAUUGGCAUUAAGGGGGCGCUGCUUUUCGGAACUCUGGGAUAUGCACCCUACGCUGCUGGCCUCUAUACUAACAACCGUUUCGGGACCGAAUGGUUUGUUCUUUUCGGAGCUGCUCUAUGCGGUAUCUCUGCAGGAGUCUUUUGGAUGGCCGAAGCAGCUAUUGCUAUUGCUUAUCCAGAGCCUUGGAAUAAGGGCAAAGCACUCGGCUAUUGGUUGACCUAUCGUCUAUCUGGGCAGAUCUUAGGCGGUGCCAUCAAUCUGGGAAUCAACGCGAAGAACAACCAAGCCGGGAAAGUCUCGUAUACCGUUUUCCUCGUCUUCAUUGCUCUGCAAGCUACCGGCCCAUUUGUUGCUCUAUUAUUAAACAGGCCAUCCAAAGUCCAGAGGAAGGAUGGAAAGCAGGUGCAUUUGAGCAUUGUAGAUGAUCCGAUCCUCGGGAUCAAGAAGACGUUGCGACUAUUCUUCACGAAAAAUUUCCUCCUCAUUGUGCUUUGGAUUGGACAAGCCGUGUUCGCAGAGGCCGUGUUUUUCACCUAUCUUUCGCUAUGGUUCAGCGUUAGAGCCCGCGCUCUCGGGUCCUUUUUGUCCGGGAUCGUUGCCGUUAUUUCGGGCAAUAUUCUAGGGGCCUACUUAGAUUCCAAGCGUACAACCUUGAAGUCCAAGGCUCGCUAUUCGUUCGCAGUCAUUGCAGUACUCCAAGGCGCGUGGUGGAUCUGGGCUACAGUCGUAGUAACCAAGUUCCGGCACACGAAGCCAACCUACGACUGGUCAGACCCAGGUUUUGGCCACGCGUUUGGAGUCUUCAUCCUCUUGAACACCGGAUUUCAGAUCAACUAUCUCUUCCUGUACUUCAUGAUCACCAACCUCGCCAAAAACGAGCCGGAGGUCAUCCGAUACGCCGCUCUGCUUCGAGGUACCGAGUCUGCAUGGCAAGCGCUCAGCUACGGAUUAAACUCUAUCACGAUAUUCGCGCAAGUGGGUAGCGUGUAUCUCAAUUUCGCGCUAUGGGCCAUUGCUCUCGUGCCUGCGUGGCUCGUCUUGAGACACUUUGGAGUCGAGGCAUUACACAAGGAGGCAGAAUUGGGAGGUCUUGACACGCCAAACAGCACAGGCAAGGAAGAGGUUGGUGUUUCGGACCACGAGAGAAAGCUUUCGGUGACCUAUAUUCCUGAUCCGGUCGACAAAUAGUAAGCUGCCAUUUCAGUUGCCAAGUAUGGGGUAUCAAACAUAUAGCCAGAUGUUCAGAUUUGAGCCGUUUUGUAUCAGAUUCAAACCCUGUAUCUCCGACGUACAUAUUUAAAGGACUAGGUCUAGGUGAAGCUAGAUUCGUGUGUAAAUGAGAUGGUGGAAGUAGAACCACGAUCCGCAGAUAGAAGUUUGCUCAGUGCGCGUGUAAGCAUCGUCUCACGGCUUCCGGGGUAUUCUCGGGAGCGUAAAGCGGUAGUAGU